UGGUGCUUUGAGGUUGUGGUGCUCCGGUGUGAGGUUGCGGUGCUCCGGUGUGGUGCUGUGGUGCUGUGGUGCUCCGGUGUGAGGCUGGACGGAGCUGCUGACUCCCGCAGCAUCUCCCGCUGUGAGGGACCAUCAUGUCACUGGGCUCGGCGGAGGGAUACAAUAACCAAUGUCAUCGCGGUGCUGAGGCUUUUGCAAAGCAAAAAUGUCUGCCUAAGGGAAACUCGUAACUGAUAUAUAGAGGAUAUUUCCCCACCUAUUGCUGUUUAAACCCAAAUUUUGCUGUUUUGGGGCGUGAAGCCAGAAAGCGACUCUUCACCAGAUCACCCUAGUCGGGAUUUUAAUCGGAAAGAAGGUUUCUAGAUCGCCAGGAUGAAUCCUCAGCAGCGGAUUGCCGCUCUCGGAACAGACAAGGAAUUAAGUGACCUGCUGGAUUUUAGUGCGAUGUUCUCUCCACCUGUAGGCGGAGGGAAAAAUAGGCCUACCACACUUGGAAGCAGUCAGUUCAGUACAUCAGGUAUGGAGGAGCGGACCAACCAAGCGUCUUGGGCCCCAGGUGGCGAGUCCAGUCCUUCCUAUGAGUCCUCUAGGGAUUUCUCAGACAGCCCUCAUUACAGCGAUCAUUUGAGUGACAGUCGAUUAGUGUCCCAUGAAGGAUUGUCCUCAACACCUUUUAUGAACUCAAACAUAAUGGGUAAAUCAGAGAGGGCUUCGUUUCUUGGCUUUGGGAGAGAUACUGGAGCAUCUGGUUGCCAGUCUUCUAUAAGGUCAGACAUCGGGUUGGCGAGUCCAAGUCCAGUCACUACGUCAGGGAAGUCAGCGGCUCCGUUCUACCCAUUCACCGCGGCCAAUCCCAGAAGACGUUCUCUACCAGAUCCUGCUCCCAUCGAUCCUCUACAGACAAAAAAGGUUCGCAAGGUCCCCCCUGGCCUGCCUUCAUCUGUGUACGCACCAUCUCCGAACUCAGAAGACUUCAACAGAGAUUCCCCCUCGUACUCUUCUCCUAAACCUUCCAACAGUAUGUUUGCGACUUUCUUUGAUGGUACCCACAGUUCGUCUGACCCGUGGAAUUCGUCCAAUGGGAUCAGCCAGCCCAGCUAUGGGGGGAUGCUUGCAGGAUCUUCAUCUCACAUGCCGCAGUCAGGAAACUACAGCAGCCUGCACUCGCACGACCGACUGAAUUACCCCGCGCAUUCAGUCUCUCCAGACAUCAAUGCCAGUCUUCCCCCUAUGUCCAGCUUCCACCGGAGCAACACCAGCACUUCACCAUUCGUCACUGCAGCACACACCCCAUCCGUCAACUCAGCCGAUGGGGUCAUGGCUGUUGCAAAUCGGGGGACCGCCACUGGAAGCUCACAGACUGGAGAUGCACUGGGCAAGGCUUUAGCCUCGAUUUACUCACCUGAUCACACUAGCAGUAGUUUUCCAUCCAAUCCGUCGACACCUGUGGGUUCUCCUUCACCUCUGACAGCCACAGCAGGCGCUGCCUCAGCAGGCACCGUGGUGACUGCAGCUGGCACCCCGUCUGGAAGACCAGGUACCAACCAGUGGCCCCGUGCUAGUGGACAGACCCCCUCCUCUCCAAAUUAUGAGAACUCCCUUCACUCUCUGUCUCGAAUGGAGGAUCGUCUGGACAGAUUGGAUGAUGCAAUCCUUGUUCUGAGGAACCAUGCAGUGGGCUCCACGGCCAGUCUGCCCAGCGACAUACACAGUCUGCUGGGACAGGCACAGAACGGGCCAAUAACAGCCGUUGGACCAAACUUUCCUGCCUCGGCAUUGGUUCCAAGUCGGACUGCAACAAUGAGCGGUGACGAUGCGGCCAGCCUGAACAACAGCCACGGAGGCAUGCCCAGCGCCGGCUCCACAUCCAGCACAGAACUCAACCACCAAGUAGAAGCGUUCAGAGGUGAGACGCACCAGGCUGCCUUAUCAUCUCCUCACGUGUCUGACGCUGCACAACAUAGACACAGAUGUUUUACUUCCAUUUUUACUUCAUUGACAGCGGGGCUUAGUUCAGCCCUGUCUGGGCAGGUGCCAGCCACCCUGGAGCUGAAGGUGGAGAAACAAGACAAAGAUGAGAUGCACGACAGCCUCUCCACUGAUGACAAGUCGGACGAUGAGAGCGACAAAAGAGAUAUGAAGACACCCAGAGCAGGCCCGCGCAGUAUCACAGAAGACGAGGACUUGAAUCCAGAGCAGAAAGCUGAACGCGAGCGUGAGAGGAGGAUGGCAAACAACGCCCGUGAACGCCUGAGGGUGCGGGACAUCAACGAGGCCUUCAAGGAGCUGGGUCGCAUGUGCCAGCUGCACCUGAAGAGCGAGAAGCCCCAGACUAAAUUGCUCAUCCUCCAUCAGGCUGUGGCCGUCAUACUUAACCUGGAGCAGCAAGUCAGAGAGCGGAAUUUGAACCCCAAAGCAGCCUGCCUUAAGAGAAGGGAGGAGGAGAAGGUUUCUGGGAGCUCCAGUGAUGCCCAACAAGGCCACACAGGAGUCCAUCCAGGCCUGACCGACACAUCCAAUCCCAUGGGCCACCUCUGAGAUGGACACAGAUCAAACUGAUGCGGAUCAUUUCUGUCCCGUCUGAGUCAGCGACCUUGCUUCCCAGUGACAGACAGGACUCACGGUUUGUGACACCAAUUUGAGGAGACAGACCACUUGAAGCGAAACCACGAGCCUAACACAAUCCAAUCCGAAGAUUGAAGAAGAGCCAAGCGUCCAGCUCCCUGCGACCAGAUUCCAUCUGCAAAUUUGUCCCCGCAAAGAAAAAUCUUCAGCACAUAUCACUGUCUGCCAGAAGUGUGUUGCUUCUGAACAAUCAGAGACUUCGCAAUCUCCUCCAACCAUAUGUGGAAAUUGCUUUGUGCCUAAACUGAAUUGACGAAUGCAUUGUAACAGCAAUUGUUUUUGUCUGUUUCUUUUUUUUUUUUUCUAUUUAUUAUGUUAUUGAGCUAUAAAGUGUAUGUCUAAAGGGAACGUUAGGUAAAUUCGAAGAGAAGCAUGCGACUUUUCAGUUGAUCUAUAGUUUGCCAGUGUCACCGUGAAAAAUGAGCACUCCACCCUGGUAAAUCUUCGGUGAGCCCGAGGUAAAAGGAAAAGAUUUGGGCACUGAGAAUAUUGAAAUUAAUUUAUUGGCCAGUUUAUAGUGAUAUUUAUACCCAAAUGAAAGCGAUCAUUAGCUGUUAGCACUGAAAGACUGAAGCACGCCCCAUCAGUUUUAAAAAAAAAGAAGAGGAUAUAUAUUAUUUAUAUUUAUAUUUUAUUCAUUCUGCCGCUGGCCACAUGUGCAACCAAAACUACCUAUGUUUGUGUCUGUGUAAUUUAGAUCAGGCUCAACCACACUAGCAUCAGCAACAUUGUCUACCAAGGUGACAGAAGAAUGGCAAACUGUAGUUUCACUGAAAGCUCAGAUAUAGUUGCGUUUUUGUUUUCCUCAAUAGCGAGCAGUGAAAAUACAGAAAGAAAACUUUUAGCAAACCUUAGCAUUCCCUGCAUAUUUUAGUGUCUUAACUAAAGGAAGGGAGGACCUCGCUGCCCUUCCGCUCCUUUGCCAUAUAGUGUUAAAUGUAAGCAGUGACAUAUUUUUGAAGAUUCUUGUUUAGCCUCCUGACAGUUACAUCCUGAUGUCAGCACAGACGUGGCUUGUUUUCUUUCCUAUUUCUGCCACGAGCUAAUCAGAUUUCUUAAUGAAGAAGUAGUAACAAACAAACGAAGACCACAUUUUCUCCUGGCCUGAUGAACAUAUCGAAUUUCUUUCUGUUAAUAUCUCAAGGCAUAAAACUUUAAGCAGUGCAGUUAUUCUGAGUAAAAUUAGCUAUGCUUGUUUGCGUUGUAACAGGUCCUUUCUUUUCAGCAUUACAUUGUCGACAUUCAGAACCUAAGUUAUUUUCAGUGAUGUUUCUAGAAGCCGUGACACACUCAGUACAGUAAGCCAGACUAGAUAUUUCAUGGAUUUUGCUGAAUAUCAUUGAACUGUAGCACAAUAAUGAACAAAAGGAUUUUCUUCUGUGUUUCAAGACAUCAGUCAUGGCUUUAUUUUGUUUUCCCUAUCAGUGUGCAUGCUUUACGUUGCUCCUUUUGUUAAGUCUUUGGUUAAGACUGGCUUUAUAUUCCAUUUGUUUCUUUGUAUAUUGUGCUCUAUCAUUAUCUCCACCUUAAACAAGGCUGCCACAUUCAGAAUGAGUAUUCUGUACAAUAAAGGGACUUAAAUUAGAAUAAAGGAUGCCACGACGAAGAGUUUACAUUAAAUGAAUUAACAACUUUAUUUUAGCGAACACAAACUGUUUCUGUGUAUUCUCUGACUGAAUGUGGCCUUGUUCUUCACGUCAGUAUUCAUGAUCUUGUAUUCAUGUUGGCAGACUUUGAUUGAGGGUAUAAUGUACGUCACAUGGAUUUCUUUCUGUCUUUUUGUUUUUUAUUUCCCGUCCUUCCGAUCAUUUCUUUGCUCCUCUGUUUGCCAAGUUAGACUUUGCUGUAUUCCCAGAUGCUUUCCCUUGUAUAAUAUAUGAAAAAAAAAGAAAAUCAAAAGGAAAAAAAAAAACAUUUGGCUUAUUUUUCACUGUAGUUAGUCUUUUAUACAAUAAUACUGUAAGAAUAUUUCUUGAAUUCUAAAUAUUACUCUUUCUAGAUUUUUGAAAGCAAAAGUUUCUUACUUUAUUUUACUAUAUUAGAUAGUAAAAUGUACGGUUAUUUACCAGAACCUGUCGAUUAUUACGAGAAAUUUACAAAUGGCAUCUCAAGAAGACAGCUGAACAGUUGCUCGUAGCCUGGCACUUAAAAAAAGAUAAAAAGUCCACAAGCUCCAGAUUCCUAAAAGUGCGACCUCCAUCCACUUCCUCUUCCUGCGUUGUUGAUUGGUAAACGAUUUGCUCUUCAAAUGUGUCAAAUAAAAGGUAUUGUUGAUGCACAUCAAAGAAGAAAAAAAAACCCUGCGGCAACGAGAAUUUGAAUUUUCUGUCUUUUUCAACAGAAAAACACAAUGUAUAUAACAUUUAUGUUGCAAUAAAUGUGCCAUCUUUUUUUAAACUCAA